GAGACAGACCCAGCCCAGAGCUCUGAGUGGCUUCCUGUUGCCAGGCUCUAAGCCCCUCACAUUCCUGCAGACCUUCAGACUGCCCGGAGCUUGCCUGCUGCCUGCCUGCCCGCCACUGAGGGUUCCUAGCAUCAUGAGGGCCUGGAUCUUCUUUCUCCUUUGCCUGGCCGGGAGGGCCUUGGCAGCCCCUCAACAGGAAGCCUUGCCUGAUGAGACAGAGGUGGUGGAAGAAACCGUGGCCGAGGUGGCCGAGGUACCCGUGGGAGCCAACCCUGUCCAGGUGGAAGUAGGAGAAUUCGAUGAGGGUGCCGAGGAAACCGAGGAAGAGGUGGUGGCUGAGAACCCCUGCCAGAACCACCACUGCAAACACGGCAAGGUGUGUGAACUGGACGAGAACAACACCCCCAUGUGCGUGUGCCAGGACCCCACCAGCUGCCCUGCCCCCAUCGGCGAGUUUGAGAAGGUGUGCAGCAAUGACAACAAGACCUUCGACUCUUCCUGCCACUUCUUUGCCACCAAGUGCACGCUGGAGGGCACCAAGAAGGGCCACAAACUCCACCUGGACUACAUCGGACCUUGCAAAUCGUCUCUGCUCCCACAGGUGAAGAAGAUCCACGAGAACGAGAAGCGCCUGGAGGCUGGCGACCACCCCGUGGAGCUGCUGGCCCGGGACUUCGAGAAGAACUACAACAUGUACAUCUUCCCCGUGCACUGGCAGUUUGGGCAACUGGAUCAGCACCCCAUUGACGGGUACCUGUCUCACACCGAGCUGGCCCCACUGCGCGCCCCCCUUAUCCCCAUGGAACACUGCACCACCCGCUUUUUCAAGACCUGUGACCUGGACAACGACAAGUACAUUGCCCUGGAUGAGUGGGCCGGCUGCUUCGGCAUCAAGGAGAAGGACAUCGACAAGGACCUCGGUAUUGGCUGCCAGGGGGUCAUUCCUAAGUGGCCUGAAGAUGGACAAAGGGAAGUAACAGGGNUGGUCACGCUGUAUGAGAGGGACGAGGACAACAACCUCCUGACCGAGAAGCAGAAGCUGCGAGUGAAGAAGAUCCACGAGAACGAGAAGCGCCUGGAGGCUGGCGACCACCCCGUGGAGCUGCUGGCCCGGGACUUCGAGAAGAACUACAACAUGUACAUCUUCCCCGUGCACUGGCAGUUUGGGCAGCUGGAUCAGCACCCCAUUGACGGGUACCUGUCUCACACCGAGCUGGCCCCACUGCGCGCCCCCCUUAUUCCCAUGGAACACUGCACCACCCGCUUUUUCGAGACCUGUGACCUGGACAACGACAAGUACAUUGCCCUGGAUGAGUGGGCCGGCUGCUUCGGCAUCAAGGAGAAGGAUAUCGACAAGGACCUCGUGAUCUAAAGCCACGCCUCCUCCUGCAGAACCAGAUUCUCUCUCUUUGACCUUCCCCCUCCUGUUUUCCCCAAUGUUUAAAAUGUUUGGAUGGUUUGUUGUUCUGCCUGGGGUCAAGGUGCUAAUAUAGACUUAAACGAAUACAUUAACGGUGCUAAACAUAGACAUUUUAACCCAAGUCACGACAUUCUUAGCUGUAACUCAGCUAUCACGGCCUCUUGCUCACCCACUAAUGGUCCCAUUUUCCUCUUGCCGUGUGCACCUCUGCCCAUUGUCUUGGUGGCACAUGGGUGGAACACUUGAUCUGCUUGAGUCUGCCUUCAACACACGUUGCAUCUUCAGAUUUUCUACUUUUCUGCUUGAAACUAAUAUUCACCGAGUCAGACUUUGUAUUAACUUUAUUUCAGGGUAUUGGCUGCCAGGGGGUCAUUCCUAAGUGGCCUGAAGAUGGACAAAGGGAAGUAACAGGCACGUGAUGUUGGCAAGGAUGCUUCUAGGGCUAGAGGAUCAGUGGUGGGAGAGACCUGCAGAAUCUACCAGCCAGAACCACAGAUAACAAAUCUUGUGCUCAGGGACUGUGAAUGAGAGAAGGAAAUUGAGGCUGUGCUCUGGAAGUACAUAAACUCUCACACAAACCCAGUUCUUCACCAUUUCCCCUUCUCACUUUGCAGUGCCAUUUCUUUUUGCAUUAGGCAAUUUACUCAGACUUUUCAGAGCCAUGGCCCCUCCGUUCUCUGGAAUCUCCCACACCUCUGAGAGGUGGAUCACCACAUCCUGCAGGGCUGCUCCCCUCCAAACUACCUUUAGGAGAUGCAGGACAGGGAGGCUGUUUCAGCCAGAAAGACCAAAAUCAAGAGCGAGGUGCAGAACGUGGUAAAACAGAAAAAGGGCAGGUGGCAAAUUGGUUUUCUUUUGGGUUUUCUGUUUUCUUUUUUCACAUCUGGAUGGCUGUCACCAGAGAUCUUUCCUUCAGUCACUAGCAUGUUCCUCCUCUUCUCUCCUCCCCACUUUUUCUUUCUAUUAAUCAAAAGAAAUUUCAAAAUCAAUGGGAUGGUCGGAUCUCACAGGCUGAGAACUCGUUCACCUCCAAGCAUUUCAUGAAAAAGCUGCUUCUUAUUAAUCAUGCAAACUCUUGCCACGAUGUGAAGAGUUUGACAAAUCUUUCAAAAUAAAAAGUACUGAUUUAGAAACUGCC